AUGAGGUUGGAUUUGAUGUCGAUCUGUGUCUUGAUGUUUAGAACACCCUCAUGUUCCCACCUUCUACAAGAAGUUAUCAGCACAACAGUGAUUCCAUCAUGUAUCCCAGAAGAAUCCGAGGAUAAUUGUACAGCUUUAGUUCAGAUGGAAGAUGAUCCCCGUGUGGCUCAAGUGUUGAUUACAAAGUGUAGCUCUGACAUGGAUGACUACUGCUUGCAUGGGCAUUGCAUCUACGUGGUGGACAUGCAUGAGAAAUACUGCAGAUGUGAAGUGGGCUACACUGGUCUGCGAUGCGAACACUUUUUUCUAACUGUUCACCAGCCCUUGAGCAAAGAAUAUGUUGCCUUGACAGUGAUUCUCAUUUUCCUGUUUCUUGUCAUAACCGCUGGAUCCAUAUACUAUUUCUGCAGAUGGUACAAAAAUCGAAAAAGUAAAAAAUCAAGGGAGGAAUACGAGAGAGUGACCUCAGGGGACCCAGUGCUGCCACAAGUCUGA